GAGCUGAUUUUGGAGGCAUGUGCUAAUGCCUGCAAGGAUGACACCAUCCGGCUCUUUCCAUUUCGGUAUGGCAAUCCGGAAGCCCUCUUGGAGGAAUGCCACGAAGGAAAGCGCUUCCUCUCCGAGAGGAUGCAUCAAGGCUGGCUUGAUAAAGUCAACAUGCUGACAUAUCCUCUUGUGCAAGACCACAACGCGACGAAUCAAAAGCUUCCGGAGAAGGACCGCCAGUCGUUUGAUGAUUACGACUCAUGGGUCGCUUGCGCUGACUCGACUGGCCGCAUCUACCUCUUCCCCCAGGACGAGGAGUCCAAGGUGCCACCCUGUGUCCGGAACCCUCGCAAUCAUCAGAAAGCAGUUCUGGACUUUGCCGUGGACUGGGAGAACAUGCGCUGCGUCUCGGCGGGCGUUGAUGGCAUCAUUGUCUUCCACGAUCUCAAGACCGAUGAGCCGCAGCACAUGCUGAUGGUUGCAGGGGAAUGUAACCUUUCAGCGGUACACGACUUCUGGAGCACUCUGGAUGUGGACUUUCAACUUGGCAAGAUGUCCGCGGGCCUCUCCAGUGGUCACGUGCAGUUGGUGGACUUGCAGGUUGGAAAGGCGGUGUACAUGUUUCCCUGCCACAACAGAUUGAUCCGGCGAGUUGCCACAGAUUGGGCCGCCAACGAACUCGCAUCUUGCUCCUAUGAUGGCUGCAUCAACCUCUCCGACCUGCGAACCGGGAAGGUGAUUCGACAAAUCCAGGGCCGUGGACAGUGGGAUGCCAUGGACGUGUCCUUCGACCAGCACCUUCUCCUGGCUUCAUCAAAGUUCAAGCCGGCGACGAUGCUUUGCGACCUGAGGACUGGCAAGAUCAUCCAGGAGUACGAACUGUCCGACCACCGGCCCAACUGGAUCAGCGUGAACUGGGCGACGAAGACAGCAUGUACUGGCGCUGAUGACGGCAAGGUCAAGCUCUGGCAGCUGGAUACUGGCGAGGUCUCUCGCACGAUCGAUUGCGAUCACUUCCUCACUCAGAGCCUGGACAUCUGCUGGUCCCGGGGCCUGCUGCUCACUGGAUCUUUCGACUAUCAGUUCAAGAUGUGGGACGUGACAACUGGCGACCUGCUGAAACAGUUCGUCGCGCCCAGACGAUGUGUGACGCGUGUGCUGCUCCAAUGA